AUGGGGGAUCGCUUGGAAGCUUGGCCCACAUCUGGGUUCGUCAAAGCAGCCACUGCCAUGGUGGCAGCUGCACCUACCGAGUCCUUCACCAACCUCUUCCUUGUCUGUCAAAACCUUCUGGAGGGGUAUGGCGCUCAUCCCAGUGGCCUGGCCUUUGCCCAUCGCGAGUCGCAGAAGCUCGCCGAGCAGGAGAAGCGCAACCGGCAGGCGCAGACGAACUUCAAGGAGGCCUUUGGCGCCGCCCGAGGAUUCUUAGAGGAGUUCGCUCCCGACGGCGGCUUACCGGAGCCGGUCGACGAUGCGAGCGACGGCGGUGACAGCGGAAGUGGCGAUGACGAUCAAGGCUCGGAUGCGCCAGCACGGCGUCGCCGCAGGUCGGCGAAGAUGGACUUCGAGACUGAGCAGGAGCAGCUGACGAAGAAGCUGCUGCCGCAGCUGGUGCGCUUUGCCACCGAAGACCAGCGCGCGCUGCAGGAUGCAGCGGAGCUGCUGACGUUCUUCGUGCAGAGGCAUUUCCCAGACAACAAAGAGCUGGCAGACUUGGCGCAGAAGCCUUCUCCGGAGAAGCUCCUGAAGGGGCUGCUUGGCGUUCUGGAGAAGGAGCUGACGCCCCGGUCAGGUGGUGGAAAGGAUGAGAAAGCGUCCGAUCAGGAGGACGAACGCGAGGAGCGUGAUCGCGGAGAUCGAGGUGAGGCCAGUCCAGAGAAGGAGCGGCGCUACCGCGAAGAAAGGGAUGGCCGCCACAGGGAUGAUCGCGAGAGGGAUGGCCGCGAUCGAGGUCGCGAUGGAGGUCGUGAUAUGCGCGACGGCCGCGACGGCCGCGGCCGCGACGAUCGACGGGGAGACGAUCGUGGCCGCUUUGAGGAGCGCCGAGGCGAAAGAGAUCGAGGCGGCCGGCCCGGUGACCCAAGGGGAGGAGAUCGCCGUGGUGGCGGUGGGGGCAGAGGUGAGCGUCGGGGUGACGACCGUGGCGGCCGCGACAGGCCGGGUGAUCAUGGCGGCCACCGAGAUCAUCGCCGCGACCACGGUGAUCCUCGAGGAAAGGGCGACGGCCGUGCUCGAGGUCGCAGCCGAAGUCGUGACGCUCGCCGCUGA